GAUGGGGGUGAACGCGGUGCACUGGUUCCGAAAGGGGCUCCGGCUUCACGACAACCCCGCCCUGAAGGAAUGCAUUCAGGGCGCUGACACCAUCCGCUGCGUCUACAUCCUGGACCCCUGGUUCGCCGGCUCCUCCAACGUGGGCAUCAACAGGUGGCGAUUUUUGCUUCAAUGUCUUGAAGACCUUGAUGCUAAUCUGCGAAAAUUAAACUCUCGUCUGUUUGUGAUUCGGGGACAACCAGCAGAUGUGUUUCCUAGACUUUUCAAGGAAUGGAACAUUACUAAGCUUUCAAUUGAGUAUGAUUCUGAGCCCUUCGGAAAGGAACGAGAUGCGGCUAUUAAGAAACUGGCUACGGAAGCUGGAGUAGAAGUAAUUGUACGAAUUUCACAUACAUUGUAUGACCUAGACAAGAUCAUAGAACUCAAUGGUGGACAACCACCUCUUACUUAUAAAAGAUUCCAGACUCUCAUCAGCAAAAUGGAACCACUAGAGAUACCAGUAGAGACGAUUACUUCAGAAGUGAUAGAAAAGUGCACGACUCCUCUGUCUGAUGACCAUGAUGAAAAAUAUGGAGUCCCUUCACUGGAAGAACUAGGUUUUGAUACGGAUGGUUUACCCUCUGCAGUAUGGCCAGGCGGAGAAACGGAAGCACUUACACGUUUGGAAAGGCAUUUGGAAAGAAAAGCCUGGGUGGCAAACUUCGAAAGACCUCGGAUGAAUGCGAAUUCCCUGCUUGCCAGCCCUACCGGACUCAGUCCUUACCUCCGAUUUGGUUGUUUGUCCUGUCGGCUGUUUUACUUCAAACUAACAGAUCUCUACAAGAAGGUAAAAAAGAACAGUUCCCCUCCCCUUUCCCUUUAUGGGCAACUACUAUGGCGUGAAUUUUUCUAUACAGCAGCAACAAAUAAUCCACGCUUUGAUAAAAUGGAAGGAAACCCCAUCUGUGUUCAGAUUCCUUGGGAUAAGAAUCCUGAGGCUUUAGCAAAAUGGGCAGAAGGCCGGACAGGUUUUCCUUGGAUUGAUGCCAUCAUGACACAGCUUCGUCAGGAGGGCUGGAUUCACCACCUGGCCAGACAUGCGGUUGCUUGCUUCCUGACACGAGGUGACCUGUGGAUUAGUUGGGAAGAAGGAAUGAAGGUAUUUGAAGAAUUAUUGCUUGAUGCAGAUUGGAGCAUAAAUGCUGGAAGUUGGAUGUGGCUGUCUUGUAGUUCCUUUUUUCAACAGUUUUUUCACUGCUAUUGCCCUGUUGGUUUUGGUAGGAGAACAGAUCCCAAUGGAGACUACAUAAGGCGGUAUUUGCCUAUCCUAAGAGGCUUCCCUGCAAAAUACAUCUAUGAUCCUUGGAAUGCACCAGAAGGUAUCCAAAAGGUAGCCAAAUGUUUGAUAGGAGUUAAUUACCCUAAACCAAUGGUAAACCAUGCUGAGGCAAGCCGUUUGAAUAUUGAGAGGAUGAAACAGAUCUACCAACAGCUUUCACGAUACAGAGGACUAGGUCUUCUUGCAUCAGUGCCUUCUAAUCCUAAUGGGAAUGGAGGCCUCAUGGGGUAUUCUCCUGGAGAAAAUAUCCCAGGUUGUAGCAGCAGUGGAAGUUGCGCUCAAGGGAGUGGCAUUUUACAUUAUGCUCAUGGAGACAGUCAGCAAACUCACCUACUAAAGCAAGGAGGAAGAGGCUCCAUGGGCACUGGCCUCAGCAGCGGGAAACGUCCCAGUCAGGAAGAAGACACACAGAGCAUCGGCCCGAAGGUCCAGAGACAGAGCACUCAUUAGAAAACAUUCAGGAGGAAUACUGUUGCAGCUGAAAUUGGUGGAGACUUCAAUACUUUUUUCAGUUAAAUUAUUUUAAGAUGUUCUUCAUUGAUGGAAAGCAGUUGUUUCUAAUGACAUUUCUGUGGUUUUUAACUUUUUAAUGAACUUCACAUAGGACACAUGGUAAUUUGUAUAUAAAGAACUUGGUAAAAAAAAGAAUUUGCUUAAUGUAAAUAUAAAUAACACAAUUAGUAUAGACCCAUCAGUAUAUUUUUGAUAAUUUUUCAUGUAUGGUAAAAGUUAAAGUGGCAAACUGAUAUUCUGAUAUAAAAAAAUCAAAGUUUUGAGAGCCCAUGUGGGAAAGUAGGAGGUUUUUAGACUUUCUUAAAAGACUUUGUUAAAAUCUUCUUGACAUCAUUGUUUGCUUUAACUGCGCACUCUGUGUUAGGAAACGCGUGCAAUAAAAACCGGCAGUCACGGCCUCUGUCAUCACGGGCAGGACCUGUGGCACGGCUCUGCGUGUGUCCGUUCGACCAAACUUGUGGGAGUGUCACGUGCUAGGUUUGCUUCGUCUCCUUCCUUGUUCAUUUGUAGCCAAAUGACCUUUGUUAUUAAAGUAUAUGCAUAUACAGAAUCUUGUGUAUUUGAUGGUUCUUUUUCUUUUUUUACUUUCUGUUUGUUUGAGGAAAGGGGUGGAACAUUAGUUUGUGAGAUGUGAUUAUACGUUAGAGGGAUUCUGGUAUAAACCACGUCACCAUUUUGAAUGAAGGAACAGCUACCAUAUAGACAGGUGGGCAAGAGUAGGCUUAGAGUUGUGAGUACACGAAGCACAGUUUAUGUUUUGUAUCAUUAUUUAUUAAAUAUUGUAUUAUUUUCCAUAUGAACAACUGUAAACCUCUUUUUGCCUACAUACCCCUGUAUUUAGUAAAAUAGUAUUUUUCAAGAUUAUUCCAAAUACAAAUAGUGUCUUUCAAAUACUUUGUACUUUUAAAAAUAAAGUUAUCUGCAAGAAGUAUGUAAAACCAAAAAGAUUUGUUUCAAGCAACGGGGAUUGUAACCAUGAGUGAGUCAGUAUAGGGUAAUAGGUUAAGAAUAUGGACUCUGGAGUCAAAUACCUGGCUCUCACACUCAUGAGCGCUGAGAUCUUGGGCAAGUGAUGACCUUGUGUGCCUUCUCCGUUCUCAUCUACCAGCGGGGGUGAGAGUGGUGUCCGCUUCAUACUGCAUAUGAAACGCUCAUGGCAGUGCCUGGCAUCUGGCAGGACGUACUAGAUCAAUGUUAGCUGCGUAGCUCACUGGACGUCACAGCUCUGGUUAGCUGCCAUUACUGUUACUACUACUGUUCUUUUCCUGUCUCUAGUAGGCUCAUUCUUGCCAUUAUAACAAAUAGCCUUUUGUUUUCCCAUCUUUAGUAGUGCUAGAUGUUCAGUGUGACCGUCAUAUAUAAAUGUAACUCAAGAUAAAUCUGAGUCAAAAAUCCAGAAACAACCAUUAAUUUUAGAUGAUAUGUAUUUUAAAGUAUACUGGAUAAUGAAUUAAUAUUGAUCAAUAAAUUCUGUUACUGAGAAAA